UCAUCAAAACCACAACUCAAAGCAAUUAAGCUCAAACGCUCAUUAGUACAAUCACACAAACCGUUCUAUUCCAACCAAUCUCUCCCCCAUUAUCAGAAACACCAUCUCUGAUUAACACACACCAAAACAAUAAACAUGGUUUUGUCCAGAGUUUUUUCCGAAUCCAAUGACUCCAUCCACUCCACCUUCGCGUCUCGCUACGUCCGAGACUCAGCUGCUAAGUAUGAGAUUCCGGAAAAUUCAACGCCGAAGGAGGUGGCGUACCAGAUGAUCAACGACGAGUUAAUGCUCGAUGGGAAGCCAAGGCUGAAUUUGGCGUCGUUUGUGACCACGUGGAUGGAGCCUGAGUGCGACAAGCUCGUUAUGGACUCCAUGAACAAGAACUAUGUCGACAUGGAUGAGUACCCUGUCACCACUGAGCUUCAGAAUCGUUGCGUGAACAUGAUAGCACAUCUAUUCAAUGCGCCAUUGGAUGAAAAUGAGGCCGCAGUGGGAGUGGGAACAGUUGGGUCGUCCGAGGCUAUAAUGCUUGCUGGCCUUGCCUUUAAGAGAAAGUGGCAAAACAAGCGCAAAGCUGAGGGUAAACCUUAUGACAAACCCAACAUUGUCACUGGUGCCAAUGUCCAGGUUUGCUGGGAGAAGUUUGCACGGUACUUUGAAGUGGAGCUUAAGGAAGUGAAGGUGAGAGAAGGGUACUACGUAAUGGACCCAGUCAAGGCUGUGGAAAUGGUCGAUGAAAACACCAUCUGUGUUGCUGCUAUUUUGGGUUCAACCUAUAACGGUGAAUUCGAAGAUGUCAAGCUCUUGAACGAUCUCUUGGUUGAAAAGAACAACCAAACUGGCUGGGACACCCCAAUCCACGUGGACGCUGCUAGCGGUGGGUUCAUCGCACCAUUCCUUUACCCAGAAUUGGAAUGGGAUUUCAGGCUUCCAUUGGUGAAGAGUAUCAACGUGAGUGGGCACAAGUAUGGGCUUGUGUACGCCGGCGUUGGGUGGGUCGUCUGGAGGAGCCAGGAGGACUUGCCUGAAGAGCUUAUCUUUCACAUCAACUAUCUUGGUGCUGACCAACCCACUUUCACUCUCAAUUUCUCCAAAGGUUCCAGUCAAAUUAUUGCUCAAUAUUAUCAACUGAUCCGAUUGGGCUUUGAGGGGUACCGUAACAUCAUGGAAAAUUGUCACAAAAACGCAAUGGUGUUGAAGGAAGGACUUGAGAAAACAGGUCGGUUCGAGAUUCUGUCAAAGGAUAUGGGUGUUCCGGUGGUGGCGUUCUCUCUCAAGGACAGGAGCCGCCACGACGAGUUCGAGGUCUCGGAGCUGCUCCGCCGCUUCGGGUGGAUCGUUCCGGCCUACACAAUGCCGGCUGACGCUCGCCACGUGAGCUUGCUUCGUGUUGUGAUAAGGGAAGACUUCUCGCGCACCCUCGCCGAGCGCCUCGUCAUUGACAUCUGCAAGGUGCUGCAAGAACUCGACAAGCUUCCGGCCAGGAACGGCAAAAGCGACGAGGCCAACGGCGCUGCUACGGCGACGAAGAAGAGAGAAGAUCAGAUUAAGAGGGACAUUGCUACUCACUGGAAGAACAUCGUCAUGGCUAAGAAGGCUGAUAAUAAGAUAAUGCUCGCUUGCAGUUGAUUAUAUAUUAAUUAAGAGAGUUUAACUAACGACAUAUGUCGUUAAAAGCCAUUUAUUUUUGCAAGUAAACAAUAUUAACUACAUUUAAUCAAAUCAAAGGUUUUGUUUUCUGUUUUUAUUUAUUUUUUCCUACUUGAGGAGAUUGACCAAUGUUUUCUCUCUCAGAUAUGGCAGUGUGUUGUUCUCAGUGCUGUGUAACCAAAUACAUGAUGAUAUAUGUUUUUUUGUUUGUUUGUUCCUAUAAUUCAAAAAUUUAAUAAAAUUGUCUUUGUUAUUUUAA